AUGCAUCCAAUUUUGUUUGGAUACACUGUAGCGUUUCUGGUGCUGGCACUUGGAGACGGAGCGAAUUCUUCGCCAGUAUUAGAGUACGAUAAGGGACUGCGUUACGAAGAGUACCAAGUCGAACACGAAAUUUCGGCUUUGCAGGCUAAAAAUGCUGUGCUACAUAUGAACUACACAGAAAUACCAUUGGCAGGAUGUCAACCUUGUACAGCACAUGAAAAGAGUUAUUGCUUAGGAUCGGAUUUGGUCAAUGACCAUUGUUGUUGUGAUAGAAGAUACCAUGAAUUUUUCCCAUUUAUUCCACACACGUGUUAUUUGGGUUCGACGUUAUGUUCAACAGUGGCACCAAAUUGUGCGGAAUAUACGCGAUUACGAACCUGUUGCUGUGACAAAUACGUUUUGGAAAAAUGGAAACAAAAAUCGGAAGGAUCAACGUCCUGCAUUGACUCCUGGAGAACAACCAAACUUCUAACUUGUCUAUUUGUUGUAUUAUAUUUUUAUAAUCUUACUUAA